AUGCUGGCAAUUCUGACUUUCACCCUUGGCCCUUAUCUGUGGAUGCUUCUGACCUCGCUGACAUCGGAAGACCGAUUAUUCACGGAAGGGCCGAGCCUGGUCGGAGCGACAAUUGAAAACUACGUCCGGCUGUUCGCCACGGUCGGCUUCCUCACAAAUCUGGUCCAUUCCUUCAUUAUCGCAGCGGGAACUGUCGUGGUUGGCCUCACCCUUUCGGUCACCGCCGCCUAUUCCUUUUCGCGCUUUUCAUUCCGCGGCAAGCGCUAUCUUCUGCUGCAAUUCCUCAUCAUCAACAUGUUUCCUGUCGUGCUUCUGAUCCUGCCACUUUUCGUGAUGAUGCGGGUCCUCGGUAUCCUGGAUACGCAUCUGGCCCUCAUCAUAGCCAAUGCCACGGUAGCCAUUCCGUUUUCAGUCUGGAUGAUGACCAGCUACAUGAACGGUAUUCCCAGAAGCCUGGACGAAGCAGCGAUGACAGACGGCUGCAGUCGCCUCGGAGCCUUGUGGCGAGUCGUGCUGCCACUUUGCACACCGGGCAUCAUCGCAACAGGUAUCUAUAUCUUCAUCACCGCAUGGAACGAGUAUCUUUACGCCCUCACCCUGGGCGGGCGGAACGUGAGACCCAUCACAGUCGCGAUUCAGACCCUUAUCGGCGAAUACGAAGUCGAGUGGGGUCUUCUGACGUCAGGCGGCAUCAUCGGCGCCCUGCCCGCCACGAUACUAUUCCUUAUCGUUCAAAAACGCCUGAUCAGCGGCCUUACUCAAGGAGCGGUCAAGGGAUGA